AUGGCCCUUACAUCUUUCCUCUUUCUGCUUCUUUUGCUCACUUUGCUUGCUGCUGCCAACCCAGUCGUUGUGAACUGGUCGCCAGUGACGCUGCCGUUGGCCAGAUUUAUCAACUUCACUGGUGUCCACAACCUCUUGCAACAUGAUCAGGCUUGCGCACAAGUGUUAAAGAAUCGUGCCUUUGGGAGAGGCAGCACUCCAGCCGCCAUCAUCGAUGAGCCGGCUACAAAUCGCCUCGUCUCUUACAUCACAUCGGUUGGCUUUGGCAGUCAACUUGCCAACGAGCACUUGAUGCCUCCACCAUCCAUCCGCCUUGCCCUCGCAAGGCACAACACCCAGAUUUACUGUGUUGUUGACCAGAUUGAGUUCAUUGUGCAUCCUCUGCAAUGUCACCAUCCACAACAUGAAGAACAAACCCUCCAGCACAUCCUUCCUCACAAGCGGGACUGUCCAAGCCAAGUGAGGGCCGUACUGCCCAAGGGCAUCCACGUGGGCCUGGACGUCUACCACGUCUUAUCAGAUGUAGAUCUUUGA